AUGCUAGGCUCAGGCGCUGGAUCAGUCUGGAAUGCAAACUCUUGGCAUUGGUAACCUCUAUUUAGGGAAGAGAAAAACUACAAAAUCUGGGCUCAAAACAGAUUUAAAGAGCUUCUCCUCGGUCUUUCUUUCACACACAACUCUUGGAGGAUCUAUCUAGAUUCAAUCACAGAAAUCAAAAACUCUGCAAGUGUUAUGAUAAGGAAAGGCAAAACAAUUCUUCUGUUUGAAUUCGAAGUUGAUGCCAGCUGGAAGGCAAAUAAAGAUGACAAAGAAGAAUCUGGGACUCUAAAAAUCCAAGAAUUCAAUCAAGAUGAAGCAGACGAAAUCAUAGUCAUGGCUGAGCCUACUAACUCCCCUCCCUCUGUGAGCGAACAAAUUUUUUUUUUCGCUCAAGAUGGUCUAAAAAAUUAUAUAUAAACUUUAUAGUAUUUUUAAAAAAAAAAAAUUUGCAAAAAUGAAAAGUAAAUUAAAUUAAUUCGCGAAAUUUAUUUUUAAAAUGCAGCCUGUUUAAAAUCAACAGAAUUAGCUCGAGAUUUCGUUAUAAUAAUUAUACUAAUUAUCAUAAAUCAAAAUUUUUUUCUCAUAAAAAAUUUGUUUUACCCAAAAAAUAGGGAUUUUUCCUAUUUUUUUGUUCGCUCAUAGAGGAGGGAGUAAGGAGAAUGAUGACUCGUGGGCCAUUAAAAUAUUUUUACAAAGAGAAGCGAAGGCUCAGAUUGUGGAGAUAGUGAAUCAGUUUGCAAACGAAUUCAAAGAGCUGGAAAGCAACCAGGCAAAGUUUGCAGAGGAUAGGAACAAGAGAAAGGAAGAAGAAGAUAAAAGGAAAGCAGCAAUUGAACAAAAUUCAGCUGAGCAAGAAAGGCUAAGUAAGCUAGCUCAGGAAAGAGAAGAAGUAUUGAAAAAGGCAAACCAAGAAAAUAAGCCAAUUCAGCUAGAAGAUAAUAAAGCUCAGGGAUCAGUGUGGAACGCUGGGUCUUAUUUCUGGGAAGAAAAAUCAGUGAAUUGGGCUGCUGAUAGACUGAAAGAGCUGAUAAAAAUGAUUCAUUUUGAGAUUCCAGCUGGAAAUAUCAGCAUUACGGAAGUGAAUUUACAAGGAGAUGCAUCAAUUAGUAUUAGAAAAGCCAAGAAAAUCGUGACUUAUAGCUAUAUCAUAGACGUCAAGUGGGUUGGUAAAAUUUUUGAUGGAGAAGGUAACGAGUUAAGGUCUUGCAAAGGGACAGUCCACCUACCAGAUGUAAGUAUGGACGUCGAGCCAAAUUUUGAAAUACAAAUCAAAAUAGACGAGCCUGGCCCAGAAAACGAACUCAUAAAGUACUAUAUGGACGCCCAAGGUAAGCCAGCAAUUAUUUCACAAAUUCAAACUUUCAUUCAAGAGCUGAAAAAUUCAUAA